AUGAUUACCAAAUUCAAUUCACCCGACGUCCUUAAUCUCCCUGCUUCGUUUGUUCCUGAAUGGACAGUAUGUACCAGACCUGGGAAGGAGGAAAAUGAUGUCUGUAUUAGAGGACGCUGGAAACACCAAUUUAAAAUCAAAAGCAACUACAAGCCUUCUAGGAGAAUAAAAAGAGACUGGUUCAUGGACAUCUUUUAUGCGUUCACGUGCUUUGUGUUCGAUCUAUUCUGUCCUUCUGGACCGCCUCCUAAUAAUCCACCAAACAUUACCUGUCCUACAACAGACAUAAAUGAAUAUUACACAAACAAGGGGGAAACAACUGUGAAUGUUUCAUGGCCUUCACCAAUGGCGUCCGAUAAGGAAGAUGGAGAACUUAUAAGUUACCAACAGACUCAAGGAAACCGGAAUGGAACACAGCAUGAAGAAGGUGGUCACUUGGUUACAUACAUGGCGACAGAUAGGAAUAACGCCAUGGCAACCUGUUCGUUUACAUUUAACGUAAAAGUUCAUCGAUGUCCUAUUGAUUACAUAUCCUUGCUGCAUGGAAAGGUUGAAUGCUCACUCGAAGAAAACAAAAACAUGUAUGGCAGCAUUUGCGCCUAUUUUUGCGACGAAGGAUAUGAACUUGCAGGUUCUAAAAUUUCCGAAUGCUUGGAAAACGAAACAUGGUCUACAGACAAACCAGUUUGCCAGGCGAUUUCAUGUGGACCGCCACCUAAAGUGCAAAGAGGAUCAUUUUCAUGUGAAGACCCCAGCUUUUAUUUUCGUACUGUAUGUGCUAUAACGUGUGACCUUGGCUAUGAAACUGACAAAAUCGACUCUAUAAGAUGUCAGUCAAACAAAGAUUGGACAGUCCCCGGCAUUUGCAAAGACGUUUCUCCGCCUACAAUUGACUGCACUCCUGACGUGGAGACCUUUUCAGGCCCUAAGCUAGGUGAUGUAAUCGUUACCUGGAACCCGCCUGUAACUCAGGACAAUUCUGGAUAUCCCGUGAAUGUUACUAGCAAUUUUAAAUCGGGUUCGACUUUUGCAGUGGGGACAACGUCUGUCAUUUUUACAGCCGCCGAUGCUUCGAAUAACAUUGCCAUAUGUAGAAAGCUAGUUCAUAUAAGAGUUCAGCGGUGCCCUGAAUAUGUAGCAACAAAUAACUCUGAUGUAAGCUGUUCUCAUGGAAAUGCAUAUGGCUCUGUUUGCACAACGACUUGCCAACAGGCUUACGAGCUGACAAACCUAGAGGCUUCAAGUCAAAUGUGUCUUGAAGAUCAGACAUGGGACGGAGAAACACCUACUUGCUUACCCAGAACCUGUACAAGUCCACCAGUCAUAGCCAAUGGUAACUUCUCGUGUCCAAGCGGUAUGAGGUACCAGGAUGUGUGUACAAUCAGCUGUAACCAAGGCUUCACUGCCCAGCCUCCUCUGACCAUCACGUGUAACAUUAACAUAGAAUGGUCACAGACUGGAUCAUGUCUAGACACACAAGCACCAACAUUUCCUGAUGGAUGUCCAGCAAGUUUUGAAGUUGAAGCCGCCAGUCUAGGAGAGCCUACUUAUGUGAACUACACUCUACCAAAAGCUACAGACAAUUCAAAUGAACCUGUUGUUUUACUUGGCAACCCAAUCUCCGGCUCAGCUUUUGAUAUUGGCACUAGCACAGUGACUGUAACUGCCACAGAUAGACAAGGGAACUCUGCUAACUGUACAUUUUAUUUUAAUGUAAAAUAUUCCACAUGUAAUGAACCAAAAAUAGAUACAUCAGGCAAAGUGCUAGUAGCCUACAGUUGUCCAAACCAGUAUGUGUAUGGCGCUAGCUGUCUGCUGAAUUGUACGGAUGGUAACCCAAUCCAAGGUCCCAGCUCCAUCAAAUGUGACAAGAAUUCAACUGGUCUGGUUCAGUGGGCGUGGCCAGGAAACGUCAAGCCAUACUGCAAUACUCAAACGUGCCCAAAGUUAACCAGUCCAUUAAAUGGAGCUUUAUCGUGUGAUGGAUUUGGUGUGGGUAGUGAAAUGUGUUUCAUCAUGUGUAACAUCAACUUCACCUACCCUGCAUCAGCACCUGACCAAUACACUUGUUCUAAGGGAAAGUGGGUUCCUUACACGUAUAUUCCAGGAUGCACAGCUCGUCGUCAGCCAUCAGAAGCAUUGACCAAGCCCAGCUUCUACUAUUAUUCUGCUGACUGCAGUGCAAACAGCAGUCAAAUCAAAGACAAUUUUCUUCUCAUCCUAAACGAUGUGGGAUUAUCAGAUGUAUGUGGUGAUGAUGGUUGCGUAGUAAAUUCAGUCGAAAUUACGUGUGGACCAAUUACACAAAGAAGAAAGAAAAAAGACACUCAGCCUUUCCUGUAUGAAAUUAAAGCUGUUAUUAGCUUGGGUAAUUAUAAGGAUCAAACCAGUCCAGAUGAAACACAAAUUUUCUAUCAAAAUAUUGUAGACGGCGUGAAUAAUCAGAUUUUAAGUGCAUCUGAUUCUGGAAAAUUUAACAUGCCAAAUGUUGGAACAUUUGAUUCCUUUAAAAGUGGAGAAAUGGAUUUUCGUUGUGAACCAGGAAAACAAAUUGUUUACACAAAAAUGUCGUGCGCCGGGUGUGGGCAAGGCUAUGCUUUCAACAAUGCAACGGGAGUGUGUGAUAAAUGCCCUCAAGGAACCUACCAGGAUCAGGAAAUAUCCUUUAGAUGUACUCCAUGUCCAGAAGGUACAACAACCACCGAAAAUAUGGCCAGAUCUUUAGCUGACUGUCAGAAUCUGUGCUUACCUGGUCAGUACUCAUCAUCGGGAAUCGAACGCUGUAACCCUUGUCCCGAAGGAACGUACACAUCUCUGUAUGGUACAAAGCAAUGUACACUUUGUCCAUAUGGGAUGACCACAGCAUCAACUGGAGCAUCUUCACUUCAAUAUUGUUUUUUUGUCAACAUCAGGUUGACUCAGAGUACUUCUAAACCAGCCAUUCAAAUUUUUGAUGACAUGACCAGAGCAUUUACAUUCAUGACCUGGAUCUCUGAUGCAACAACACUCCAAAAAUCUUUCUUGAAGUUUUCGAUAAAACCCACGCCUAGCUCUUCAAAUGCUGCUUUGGUAAUAGACACAGUUGUACUUGAAAUACAACGCAGUACAGAUGUUACCAACAGGAAACUCAUAAAAUGGAACCACGUUGCACUGGUGUACACGUCAGGAAAUUUAACUCUUUUCGUUAAUGGACAAAGAAUAGAAAAUGUUAACAAAGUCAUUGUUACAAAAUUGGCUCAAAAAGACAUUCGUUUUCAAGGUUCACUUGAACUAAAAUCCGUAAUAAUUAGUGGAAUCCAAAUGACAAGAACAGCCUACACAGAAUCCCAGAUUAAAGAGUUCAGCACUUCAUGUAACAAACAAGUAGACAAUCAUGUGCUGGCAUUUAAACCAUGGGAGUCUCUCAUCAUGACUAAUAGUACUUGCAAUGAUCGAGACAUGUGUAUUAAUGAACCAUGUGGUCAAAAUGGCACUUGUAUUUCUCAAUCAGAUAGUUAUGUUUGUAUUUGUGAUGAGCUGUGGUCAGGAGAUCGGUGUCAAAAUGCCCCAGAUUUCUGCCAUGGGAAUCUGUGUGCUAAUGGAUCAACAUGCAUUAAUCAGCCUGAAAACAAUGGCUAUGAAUGUUCUUGUCAGGAUGGCUUUGCUGGUGUUCUUUGCAAUGAGCGUAAUCACAUUGUAAAUGGUGAAUGGGGAUCAUGGAGUCAGUGGUCAAGCUGCUCAGUGACCUGUGGAUCUGGUGUUAAAUCAAGAUUACGAUACUGUGACAGCCCUAUGCCGGAAAAUGGGGGAGACUUUUGCAAAGGCUCACAGGCUGAAACUGAAAUCUGCAAUACUGGCUGUGAAGAUUGUAAGUGGAAUGAGUGGACCCAAUGGACAUGUGAUGUGACUUGCGGUUCCGGUACUGCAACUCGCACACGCUCUGUUGCAUCAGUAGCGGUUAAUGGUGGUCUGUCAUGUCAGGGACCAAAGGUCAACACAAAACUAUGUAAAUUGGCAGUAUGCCCAGUUGAUGGAGGUUUUGGAGAAUGGGGUGAGUGGAGCACCUGCAGCAGUAGCUGUGGAGGUGGUGUGUCAACCAGACAAAGGUCAUGUGACAACCCAGCUCCAAGUCAAGGGGGAAAACCUUGUGACUCUACUCUAGCCAAUGAAGCUCAGUCAUUACCAGAGCUCCGCGAAGGCCAGAAAGAAUGGAAUUGUUCAACGGACAACGCUGGCUUAAUGACCUGUUUUGUUGUCUGUCAAGAUGCUCUGAUACUGAUGCCGCAUUUUGAUUACAAUUACCAAUGUGGACCCACCAGUAACUACACAUGGUCACAACAAUCAAAGGAUAACCCUGUUGGGCUUACACAAGCUUGCUCUGAUAGAAAAAUCCCGGAGUCUGUGUCACCCGUAAUUACAACAACAUUUAUUGUUGACUGUAACAACCAACCAGAUCCUGAGGCUUUGACAGCAUCUGUCAAUCAACAGUUGUCACAACAGGAAUGUUUCAAAGCCGGAACCUGCGCUUUUACAAUUGAUACAAGUCCAGCUUGUAAACAGGGAACCAGGGCAAAAAAAUCAGUUGGAAGUAUGGUUAUGUUAACCCGAUUAAUAUUUCCUGGUUACAACACUUCUGAAUCCUCAUACCUUGGUGGACAAACAGAAGAAGAUGUACAGAAACAAAUGAAACAGCUGACGGCUUUACAGCAAAUGUUUGGGAAUUUUAUAAACAAUAGCAACAACUUAUCUGUUACAAUUGAUGGGGUGAAAUACACAGGUAUAAUCCAAACAAUGCAUACAUCAGUAACUUGUCAUGAUGGCUCCGGAUUUGUGCAAGGGUUUUGUGUGGACUGUCCUGCUGGGACAUACUCUGCUCAAAAUGGAUCUUGUGUGUACUGUGAUAAGGGCAUGUAUCAGGACAAGCCUAAACAAUUGAGUUGCAUAUCCUGUCCGCCAGGUACAACAACAUCAGGGAAAGGAUCCUACUCUCUGGCCCACUGCGUGACUAACCCAAUAACGUUUGCAGAUGUUUACCCUUUCUUUGUUGAAGCUCCAAUUAACAUAGAGACUACAACUACUGUACAUAAGUCAGAUCAUACUAGAGAUAACGGUGCUAAAAAUAUACUUCUUGUGGCCACAGUAACUGGUACUUUUGCUUUCAUUAUUCUGCUGGGAUUUGUCAUCUUCUUCAUAGUUAGAAGAUUCCGUUCGCCAUUGGCCAGGACCACACCUGCAGAAUAUACUGAGCUGAAGGACGCUAACAGACGCUUUUUAAAAUAAACUUCAAAGAAAUAUCUGCAAUAAGUGUAACAAGGAUUGUUUCAUUUGUUA